AUGACUAGUAGUCGAUCAUCCAACAAGUCUGUCACGACGUCAUUAGGAAAUAAAAAUAGCAAUAACAAAUCGAAUGGCACAGAUACAGCUGUUGAGCCUGUUGAUGAAGGGGAGGUUGAACACCUGCCACUGAACUCGUGGAGAGUUUGGUAUCGGAAGCGUCGGCCGUCCAUGAAUACCAGUAGUAGCAAGAAUAUGAAUACGAUGCUAGAGAAGCUAGUUGAACAGGAGCAAGGGAGCACUGGUUCCAACAAACAUAGCAGUACUUCGAACGGUAAUAAUACAUCUUAUUCUUCAUGGUGGCGCAAGGGUUCAUAUACUUCACUGAAGGGGUUAGAUAGGCGGUAUUCUGAUACCAGCAAUGGUACGACUCCUGAUUCGUUUGUUGAAUCGGCUUUUCAAGGACAGCAAACGCCAUCUUCACCUGAAGAUGCAAUCAAUAAGGAGAGCUCUAGGGGUAAAAAGAGAUCAUGGCCUCUCUGGAACAAAAAUAGUCCACCAAUUGAAGAUGACGCCGAUUUCCCGCAUCAGAGCAAGUCCAAAAAACCUGUGAUUAACGAAUUGAUUUUAUCUACUAGGAAGGGUGCUAUUCUAUUUAAACCAAAAUCUGCCAAGGAGAUAGCUCAGGAAGAUAAAAGUUCUACUUCCCAACAUGAGACUAGCGAUAGCGCUCAUCUUUUGGUACCCUCUUUUGACAUUCUACCAAAACACACUCCAUUUACUUUUCUUUACUCUUCCGUAGGGAGGUUAGGUCAUAAGUGGAAUUUAAUUAACGAAUCUAGAUUGAAGAAUUGUACGUUAUACAGACGUGGACCGCAGACAACCCUAAAUAUGUUGUCUGCAAACAAAUCAAAACCUGUAAAAGUCUUACUCGUGGGUGUGCAUGGUUUCUUCCCCACAAAGAUGAUAAGGCCGCUUAUCGGUGAACCUACUGGCACUUCUACCAAGUUUAUUACCGAGGCAGAGAAAACUGUGGUUAGAUGGUUCCGAGAAAAGAAUGCCAGCGUGCAAAUCAGUAAAAUAGCUUUAGAAAAAGAGGGCAAAGUUUUCGAACGGGUAGGGUAUUUUUUUGAGGUGAUGAAGAAGUGGGCAAAUGAAAUAAAUGAUGCAGAUUUUGUAUAUUUCGUCGCGCAUUCACAGGGCUGCCCUGUCACUGUUAUACUACUGGCUAAGUUAAUCGAGGCAGGUGUUAUCAACCUGAAUCCGAUCUACAUUGAUCCAGAUGCCCCCGUAGAUCUGGCAGAAACAAAAAGGAAAAAGGUUAUUAGUGUUUUGGCCAUGGCUGGCAUUAAUAAUGGCCCGUUCUAUGGCGUUGAUCAAACUUUCCUGGUGAAAGCAUAUUCAACUAUCGAAAAUGAUUCAUUGCAAGAACUAUUCCAGUUUCAAGACUUCAAUACUAUCCAAUCUAAAAAGUACAUCCAAUCAUUACGAAUAAUCAUUGCAAGCAAUGUUAAAAUAACUUACAUCGGUUCUAUUAAUGAUCAGCUAGUUCCAUUGUAUUCUUCUACCUGCUUAUUUGCUCAUCACCCUAACAUUUUUAGAGCAACAUUCAUUGAUAAAGACUCAAAGACGCCUGCAUUUAUCACUCGCAUUGUAAAGAUUGCUCACCACUUAAUAAACUUGGGUUAUGAUGAUCACAAUAUCAUAAAGGAAAUAAGUGCAUCUUUGGCAGGAAACUUGACGUGCGGUGGCCAUUCCAAGAUAUACAACGAAGACCAGGUUUAUGAAUUGGGAAUCAAAUUCGCACUUGAGACGACUGAUUUACCAGUUGAUAUCCCAGUAAUUUACAAACCGUAUCAAGUAAAUCAAUUGGGAUCGAAUCCAUAUCAUCUACCUUGGUGUAUGCGAGGUUUACUAUAUGAAUGUGGAGCCCAUCUCAACAAAGAGGAGAUUUUGAUGUUGUUUAAAGAAUUUGAUCGAUGGGAACCUGAGACAAAGCAGUUGAAGGAUGUUAAGUAUAGGUUGAGUGGACUCAAGUCAAAAUUAUAG